AUAUUGAUAUACGUUAGUAUUAUAUUUAAUUCGAUACAGUGCGUACAAAUCUGUUUCACAGGGUAACGUUGACUUAUGUUUUUCCACAUAAAGUCGAUAAAUAUGUAUGCGUGUGUGUAUAUUCCCGCCAUUAUUGCUAUGGUUCAUUCUUGACGGGACUGCCGCGCUCCCCUCCCAAUUAGAACGAUGGACUCGUCCAAUGUUUUCGAUUUACUGUCACGAAUGAUUUUCGCGUUUCCAGCAUAAAUUGUAAAAUAUUUUACAUUUAAGGAAUGAUAAAAAAUAUUAAGAUUUUUUUAAGUCGCACAUGAAAUUAAAACAUAUCGAAAUAUAACGAGAGUGAAUGAUUUUCUGUGCAUUGUUUGGAUUCGGCCAUUUUGAAGUGGGGAAGGUAAGGGAGAAGUCGUACAAUUGUUGCCAUUCUUAACGCGGAUACUGCAGUGUCUAUUGAUUGAUUGUCGAUUUAACGAAUAAUUAUUAGUAAAAAAUUAUUACAUUUAAUAGAGAUAAUAUUUCUGUAAAAAAAUAGAAAAGAAAAUUCCCUGGUGCGUAUCCCUUUGUCAGCCAUGUGCAUAAGUACAUCGUUUAAAAUGUCCUCGCAACCCGUAGUGAACAACCAAUAAGGAGAGGGCGGCAAAGCCACGUGACUGCGGCCGGCCAAUCGUCAGGACGAGAUUUGAAAUCGUGCGUGGUCUUUGUUCACGAGCCUCCCGUCAACGUUACUUCAGUUCCGUAAAGGGGGUCUUGUGUCGGUGUCCGUUUAUACAUGGUCGCUGCCAAAAAUCGCAUAAUUCUCUUGUAAAUAUAUGUGUGAAAGUGGUGCUUGCCCGCGAGGACGACGUGCUUUAAGGAUUGUCAAACACACGUCAGGUGAAUGUUGGAUACGGAGAGUAGACACGGUACUGGGCUGGUUCAGGGACCGACGAGGGACCCUUGGCUCACGAUGGAUUACUAUCUCGGUACGGACAGUCUAUCCUUGCAAGAGAUGCUCGAUGUCGACAUCAAAUGCGAGAUCGAAGGUGUUAUCGGUGGGCAUACAGAGCUAGGCUUCAAUUUUACCGAUAUGUCCGGCUUAGAAAUGGACGACGAUCCCAUUGGAUGCCAGAACGAUCUCAGUGGAUGGUUUGGUUCCACCAGUUUGCUCAAUGGCAACAGCAACAGUUCGAGCAGUAAUUUUAAUCUUGAUCUCAACGGAAGCGAUGCGGCCUCCAUUAUGGUGAAUCCAAACUCGGUAAUGCCUCACAUAGCAAUUCGAAGUCCCACUCCAAACAACGGUCGAAGGCACUUUUCGUUUUCAUCGAAAAAGGAUAUAAGAGAGAAGAUCGAUGUAGAGGAGGAGGCGGAGAACGAGGGCAGCAGUUACACAGAAAACGAGAACGAAAACGAGAAUGACAAUGAGAAUGAGAAUGAGAAUGAGAACGACAACGACAACGAUAACGAGAACGAGCAGGAAAAUGAGAUUGAGAACGACACCGAGACGGAGGAACAAUACGAGAAUGAUAUCACGGAAACGGAAGAGGAUUCCGAGGACGAACAGGAGAUCUCAAAGUCGGUGACACCUUCCAAGUCGAAAACGAUCGCGAUAUCCGUCGCUAGAACGACCUCUCCACAAUACCCAAAGGCACAAAGCACACCAAAAAUGAAUGGCAUGGCCGGUAUCAGGAUUCAGAACUUCAAGGUGUUACAGAGUCCCAACCAGACGCAUCAGCACGUGCGCAAGCAGAUCUAUAACAAUAACGUGCACAUCAACAAUUCAGGAGCCACCUCUGUCUCGACGGUGAAAAGAGAAAAGGAAUUCGAUCUAUCAGACUACGACGACAAACCCUACCCUAAACCAGCUUACUCUUAUUCUUGCCUGAUAGCGAUGGCGUUAAAAAAUAGCCAGACGGGUUCUUUGCCAGUUUCAGAGAUCUACAAUUUUAUGUGCGAGCAUUUUCCCUACUUCAAAACUGCGCCCAACGGCUGGAAGAACUCAGUUAGGCACAAUUUAUCGUUGAACAAGUGUUUCGAAAAAAUUGAAAAACCUGCCGGAAAUGGAAACCAGAGAAAAGGUUGCUUGUGGGCUAUCAAUCCGGCCAAAAUAGCAAAAAUGGACGAAGAGGUACAGAAAUGGUCUAGAAAAGAUCCUUUAGCUAUCAAAAAAGCAAUGAUAUAUCCAGACCAUUUGGAACUACUUGAAAGGGGUGAAAUGAAGUACGCAGGCAGCGGUGACGUAUCUGAAGAAACGGAAAGUUCAGGUGACGAAGCAGUCGAAGAAAACACGACGUACGAGGAAUCUAUUCACGGUCAUAUAGCUGCAAACUCGGUAACAGAUAGUUACGAUGAGAGCAGCCAAGAUUGUGAUGUAGAUAUUCAGGAGCAUCUUUAUGACGAAAUUGACAUCGAGGACAAUAAGGACGCGUUACAUAUGCAUUUAAAUAUUUCAAAGCAAGAACCGUUCGAGUAUGAGCUUAGUUCCGGUACGAAAAAGCAAAAGACAUUAACCGGUGCGAUACAAGGGAAUUACGUGUAUCAACCUGUAACUACUUCGCGAAGAAAAACACCUCUUUUUUUACGAGCCGGAACGGGAAGCAGUUCAUUUCUUAAAAUUGAUUAAGUUUCAGUUCAUCGUCUAAUUAUAAAUUACUAAUUUUAUGCGUAUCCACCUAUCUAUCUAUAUAUACAUGUAUAUAUACACACAUAUAUACUAUAUACUAAUGUAUGUAUAUACAUAUACAUAUAUGUAGAUAAAUCGACAAGUACAACGCUUCAGGAAAAUAUUUGAUACGCAAGAAACAUUCCACUUCUAAACAACGUAAUUUAUUCUCUUUUUUCUUUACAUUCAUUUUCUUAAUACGAUCAAUAAUCCUGCUAUUCUAUGCUACAUAACAAAUUUUCAUAUACUUAUAAAACACGAAUUUGUAAGUAAGUGAAAAUAGAUUCCAAUAGAAUAUUAGGAUUAUGCAGAGGAAUAUUAUAAUAAUGGCUACUAAGAGAAUUAUCGGGAAGCUCUAUGAUCUAAAGAAUUGAUUGUGUAAGUCAUACCUUUUUCUAUUUUUCUACAAAUACUUGUCUGCUAUGUAAUUAUGUAAUAAUUACAAUUGUAAUUUUUCACACAAGAAUUCUUCGCUUCCAGAUAAUUCUCUAGUUUAGCGAUACGCGAGUUCUUUGACUCGUAGAAAUUCGUAUAUGACUAAAUAUAUAUGACUGGUGAAUAUAUAUGAGUUAAAUUCAUUUUAUUUAUAUCUUUUUAUUACAUUUGUAGAAUUUUAGGUGAAAGAUUAAUGAUAUUGUACUGUUGGUUUCUCGUACAAUUCCCAUUUAAUCGUAUAUUCACCUAUAUAGUUGAUUCAUUUUAUGUAAUUCCAUCUAAUUUGAUAGCGUCUUGUUCUUGGACUUCGACGAAUCAUCUGAAUAGAAGGAAUAUUUUUGUAUCAAAUAUUUUCUGUUGGCGGUCGUCGGCUAUUUGACGAGUGUUAGAUUCACCACAAUCGUAAAUGUUGGUCCACAUUAUCUAAAUUUUUUUCUUUUUUCAAUUAACGUGUAAAAUAGAUACGACAAAUAUACAUUUAGCUUUCGUUGGAAAGCAAUUUUUUAUAUAUGAUCAAUUCGCGUAGUCAUGACUGUUGCGAAACAAACAGAGACAAAGAUAAAGAGGAAAUAAGAAGAAAAAAUAUUCAUAAAGCGUUAGCUAACAAUAUAGAUCGAUAAGUAUUUGGUCAAUGAGUGGCCAGACUGAUGUAUUAUACUUUUUUAUACAUUGCUGGACUAAGUAAUUGUAAAUUUUUACGCGAUUAUAUACCUGACAAAUAUGAAGUUACUUAGAUUCGCAUAACCAGGUAGAGUACAAAGGUGAGACAGCUAUAGGAGGAUCUGAAUUUGUAAAAGUUUGUAGAAUAUGUAGAAACAGUUGGGAAUCGUAUACCUGAUUCAGUAUCUUAAGUUCUCGAUAAAAUCUCGUGUUUUUUCUUCUUUCAUUUCGUUCACUGCUUCUUUAAUAUUUUUUUUUAUUUAAGUAUAGCAUUGAAACGUUCCUUAAUAUUCAAUUUUAGGCCAGUGGAACUAGGUAACUUUCACGUCGAGCAUGUAAUUAUUUUUUUUAAGCAAUGACUAUAUGUAUAUUUUUUAGUCAUGCGUUUCGAGAGUAAAAGAAAAACGGAUCUACUUAAAUCUGCGCAUUUUUUUCCUUCGUUGUACAAUUUAAGAUGCGAAACGUCUCAAUAUUGUUUUAAGUAUUGUGCGCAAAAAUGUAAAAUUCGCUAUGAAAACACAUCGGAGAAGGUAAAAAGAGUGAAAUACAAUGUAUAUCUAAAACGAUGUUUUUUCACACUUAAGGACAACCUGCAAAAUGUAAUCAGCAAAUUAUCUUGUUCCCAGUCAAAUUUGAACGUAGCUGAACGAAAUUAGCAACCAAUUCGAAUCAUAUUUUCAUUCUUUUUUAUGUUUAUCUCAGGUGUGUUUCGCAAUGCAGAAAUUUGUUUUUAUAUUCUUACGCAUUUGUAAAAAAGCAACGCAAAAGCGAAUAGUAAAGUUGGAAAAUCUGAUUUAUAAAUCUUAUAUUGAAAUGUUCGAAGUAGAUUCAGUCGGAACUUGUAAAUAACGACGAGCAUCGUCUUUUUACAAACUAGUUUUACACAAUUACAGUAGCUUCGCCUUGCGAAGACGUUGUAAGAUGUUACUUUAAGGUGUACAAAGGCUACUUUUUUUCUAUAAAAUAAAAAAAGAAGAAAAAAGAAAACGAAACAAGAUUCGAGAUAUGGGACCAAUCGUAUUUAGAGUUUAUCUAAGUUUAUAUUUAACUUGUACGCAUUAUUUUUUCUGUUGACUGUUUGUGAAGAUUUUGUUGAACACACAUAUUUUUGUACAGUCGUUGUAAAUACUUUCCCUUUCAUUUCUAAUGUACGAUCAAUGAAUUUCGACCGAACUACGUGAUUUAGAAAGACAAACAUUUUACGUAAAAAGGAGAUAACGAUUAUGUCCAAGUUUUUUAAUAAAAAAUGAGCGUAGAGAUUAAUAUUAGAAUAUUUAAUGGAAAUUAUUUUCUUUCUUCAUAGACUUGAUACUUCAAGUCAAAAAAACGUGUAGAAUUAUGUAUUUCGUCAUUUUAAUUGAUCGAUUAACUUUAGCAUCUAUUAACUUAACGCACUGUCUGAUCUCGACAAACGGGUAAAUGUCACUCUUUAAAAAUAAAAUCUGACAUUAGAUAUUAUUUUUGGCUCGUGUACACCUUGAAGAAUGCCAUAAUAAUAAUGGAUGUAUUUUUUUAAUGCAUUUUCAGCGGUAGGUGCUGCGAGAAUCGAAUAAUAAAUACAAGUGUGUAUAAGUCACUUUUUUUAGGCUCUUUGUAAUUAAAAAACUUUGUACGAAUAGUGUAGCCGCCCCUUCGAGUUACUGAAUUCGCAUCUAAAAAACUUAGUAUUAUGGAAAAAGUAUUCUCAUUGAUAUCAACUAUAACCUGAUAUACAGCGGCUCAUAGAAGUAUUCGUACAAUUGUCGAUAUCUUUUAUGAAAAUAUUUCGUGUAUUAUGGGAAAUACUUUUAAAUUUCGUUAGUACUGUCAUGAUAUUCGACUAUCAUUGUCAUAUUGGUAAAAUUUGUAACUAUUUUGAAAAAAUAUAUAAAAGUUACAAGAUAUUUAGUGCAAGUUUAUACAUAUUUUGAUCAAAAAAAUAUUUAAACAGGCAAUCAUUCAAAAUAUUAACGAAUUCUUAGUAUUCAAUAGAACUAUUUUGAACACUGAUUAUAUGCUUAAAGCGACUAUUCAUACUGUGUACUAAUUUUCUACUAAAUAUAAGUUUGCAGUAAAUAUAUUGUAACUUGUAUAUGUAUAUUUUUAGAUUGGAUUCAAGUCGCCAAUAUUAUCUUGGCAAUCGUGUCUCAUUAUAGUGCUAAUAAAAUAUUUAAAUGUUUCAUAUAACACAUACAAUAUGCACAUAACAAUUUUCUAUGAUAAGUACACGAAUACUUUUGCGGGUCACUAUACUGCGUUUGAAUCUUUUUAUAUGACGAGAGCGUUCAACUUUUUUUCGAAUUAAACAUCCAGGAUUUCUGUUGUUUGUAUCAAUCGAAAUUCCAAACUUUUUAAAUAACGACAUUUCAAAUUAGGUUGUAAGUUUUCAUUUAUUCUUUAGUCAAUUUUCAGUGUACGCGUAAAGUCUCUUUAGCACUGACAAAAAUACGCUGUUAUACAUUACAGAGAAAGAUGAGCAAACAGUACCCUUGUACAGUUUCAGGUACCUAAAAUUCUACUAAUGCAUUAUUUUAUAAGUCCUAACAUAUAAAAAUACAACCAUUUGGUGGUGCCUCGAAAUGUAUUUAAUACAUUCCAUCUUGUUUUAGAAGUAAGUUAUAGUAUAUGUAAUUAGAAAUAUUUAUCAUGGAAUAUUUGCAUCAUAAUAUCUUAUCUUAAUUCGUCGCGUUUUAUUGUUAUUAAUUAACAAUUUGAGCAAUAUUUCUUUUACAUACCAUAUAAGUAUCCACCUUCCUUUACAAAAUAACGUUUGAAUUCUUGCAUUUCAUGCAUUCAUUUCAAAGCUCUAAUCAUUUAAAGUCAGAAACUUCCAAUUCGCUUUUAAUGCAUCUACAUUUUUCACAAUUUCUCAUUACAUUUAUCAUAAAUGAUUGUACUUUUAUGACACCUUUGGACUUAUAGAAUGAUGCCUUAUUAGAAUUUCAAGUGCCAGAAGGAGUCUAGACGUACUUUUUGAUCAUGCUCUUUAGUACUUGCAGUGUAGAAAUCAUGCUUCUACCCGUUUUUGAUUGUGAAAGAUAAUUUUUGUCGAAAUUUUUAUUCUACUGCCCCCCCUGUAAUCAAUGGCUAAUGUGAAAUGAAAAAUUACACUGCCAACUAGUGGUUAGAGCAUUGCAAAAUCUUUACCAUUAUUUCAUAGAUCUCUCCGCACCAUUGAUGAUAUUUAUAUAUGAUAAACUAGAGAUAUGAUUGAAGUAUCAAGUUUUUUUAUAUAUAACGUGAAAGUAUUAUAAUUCACCAGCUGAGUAACAAAUUCAUCAAAUUAAUCAAGUACUUUACUUUUAAAAUAACAUGUUCAUUAGAUAAAGGAGAAAAAUAAAACAAAGUCACUUUAAGCACCUGGGAAAUAAUAAACCAAUUUUUUUAAUUAAGUAAUGAGAUGAAUAUGUUGUACAUAAAUACAAAUAGCGUUCAUUGUGAUGAAUAUGUAUAUCAAUCCGAUUAAUUAGCUGAAAAAUUACUUGUGCAGAACCUGCAUUCCAUUCGAAGAAGCUAUUAACCCUUUAUUUUUUGUAAAAGAGAGUAGGAAAAGAUUUGGAAGAUUUCUUCUUAUUUUUCUAUAUAACGAAUCAUUAAAGUAAAACACAUGAUAAGAUCAUUCAAUUUCAACAUUAUUCCAUUGAUAAAAGGUUAAACUCUAGUGAAUGAUUAUAUUUAUAAUUCAUAAUAAAAAAAAAAGAUAAAACGUACAAUAAAGUAGUGUAGCUUUUGUACCUGUUUGUAAUAUUUCUAUACGAUAUUAUUAGUGUAUGUAUCAUUCGUGUAGAUGCAGCAAAGUAAUUUGUAACAAUAAUGUAUAUGUGCAAUGAGAAGUUUCAAUAAUAAAACGUUGAGAAAUGUAUUUUAUAGUUUUUUUUUAACGGUAUUAUUUAUACGUAUAAUUUCAAAAUGAUUGCGUAUUCUGUUCUACAAUAAAAUAAGAUUGUCAUUGUCGGAUAAAGUUUAAUAAAGGGGCGAUGAGAGAUCAUUAAUAAAAUUAACGUCAUGGAUAUGAAAUAAACAAAUUAGAUGGUCGUAGUUCUUGGGAAAGUUCAAACGCAGCGCAUUUAAAUUUCGAUAUACAUUUAUCGAAUUAUAUAGGUGCCUACCAUUUGUUCCCUUUCUUACACAACCUCUAUCCAUCUAUCAUGCAACUUGAAUAUUUCAUCCUUUCAGAACUUCUCAGGUUUUUCGGCUAUAAACUUUAGAAUAUGAUUUUUUAUAUGCAAAGAGUUAAAGUUUUUACCGUUAAGGGAAUUUUGUACUGAUCUAGAUAUGUAAAAAUCUAAGGGUGUAAUGUCUGGUGAAUCCGUGGGUGGGGUAACAUAUCCCAACCAUGGUCAACAGCUUUUGUCGAGUAGUCAGAGAGACACGAGGCCGCGCAUUGUUCUCACGAAACGCGACGCCCUUCGGAUUUGGUAGUUCUGGACGUUUUUGUUCAAUUUGCUGUCUUCAAUUUGUUUAAUUGCGAGCAAUACUUUUCCAAAUAUAUUGUUUGGUUGUUUGGUAAAAGUUCAUAAUACAGGAUUCCUUUCCAGUCCCACCAGACACAAAGCAUGGCUUUUUUCGGAUGGAGAUCGACUUCUGCGAUGGCUAAAGGUGAUUCAAUCCGCUUUCUCAAGAUCUUUUCCGUUCAACAUUAUUAUAAAUAAUCCAUUUUUCAUCUCUGGUCACUAUCUUUAAAUAUCACUUGCUCCUCGUUGCGUUUAUACAACGAGUCGCGAAUGAAAAUGCGAUCCUUCAGAUUUUUUUCCGUUAAAUCGUGAGGAACCCAUACAUCAAAACGGUUUAUAUAGCCAAGCUUCGCAAAAUGCUCGUGGGUGAUGGAUUUUGAUAUUUUUAACAUUUCCGUUAAUUCAGGUGUCGCAUAGCCUGGGUUAUUCUGGAUCAGUGUUUUUAUCUGAUCGUAAUCAGUAGUAGAGCUGUUUGUGUGGUAUUCUUGCCUUUCCAGUAAAGGAAAAGCAUCAAAUGCCUAUGAUGCAUUUUGUUUUCUUCUAUUUAAGAGCGUAUAAAACUAACAAAAAUUAAUAUAUCCUAACCAACCUUUUUUCUAAAGAUACCUGAAAUAUCAUCUUUUAAAAUAUGUACACAUGUCUUUUGUUUUCAACCAUUAUGAUAUAUUCAGAUCUGUCCUAAUGCUACCUACCGAAAUCGGCAGCGAAAUUUAACGCUAUGAUGUCAUAAUUAAUGAAAGCCAUCCUGAGAUCAGCGCCAUCUAUCAAAAUCAUGAUUUUGGGUUAAAAAUCGUGACUUGUUAAUAGGAAUAUAGGAUACCCAAAGAGGUCGUCGAUAUCUCUUCGCAUGAUGUCCCGGGUAAAGAAAGACAAUGCUGGGAGUACGAUAGAGAUAGAGGAGUUAUCAACUGUGAUUAUGUGCUCUUGGUAAUUCCUAAUAAAUCGAAUCCCCAUUGAAAAUUAACGAAUUUUUCACUUUCCAUGAUCAAUUUUCACACAUUUAGAAUUUUAUCAUGUAGUAAGGUUCACCAUUUCCACUUAAUUUUUUGAAUUAUUCAGUACCAGAGAAUUUCGAUAGAUAGCGUUAAAGAGGCUAAAAUAGGCCAUAUUUUUUGUAUUGAUUAUUACAUGUAAUUAAUUAAUUACGUUGAAAACCGGAAGUAUUAUAAAGGAGGAUUCUGAGAGUUACAGCUUUAAUUUAAUUCCUAUUUAUUACAUUAUUUCAGAAUUUGGCUUAUAGAUUAAGAAGUUUCAUAUUUUAAUUUCGUCAUAAAGAUAUUAGUUCCAUGUUUUACCGCUAGGCGAUUAUAGCAUCUAACGGUCCACGUCUUGACCAACAGUGCAUUUACAAAAAUUUCAUUUAAGUGGAUUCAUUUUUGAACUUUUGUGAUUGCAUCUUUUGAAUUUGACCCCCAACUCCCUUCCUACAUUCUUAAUGAAAAAUAUCGAAAUGAAAAUUCUUAAUCAUUCAUUUAUUGAAAUAAUUAAAAUGAAGAUAUUUUACACCAUUUAAUAAUACUAUUAUACUCGUAAUUUAUGAAAAUCGAUCAAUUUCAAUUAAAAUAAAUUUUUGGAAAUCAUGAAUCCCGUAUUAGAGAAGUUUUAUUAUAAUUUAUUAUUUUAUUAUUAUUAUUAGGUAUAAAUAUAUAGUUGUUAGGUAUAAAUUGUUUUUUUCUAUAUUGAUUAUAGAUAACUUAAAAAAGAUAGUUGAAAAAGACUACGAUAUAGCCUUGAAAAAUUCAGAGACGAUAAAUUCCAAGAAUCCUUAUGUUCGUGCCACUUCCUAUACUGUUAUAUUCUCCUGAUACAAAAUCACAAAACAGAUCAAAGAUUUUGUUGAAAUUUUGAUUCCGAAGAAUUCUUGGAAAAUGACAUCAAUUCCAAGAAGCCCAAUUUAAUAGUGAACAAGGCUAUUUUUCGCGUUUCGAGUUUUAGAACUUUGUUUAAAAAGUCUGCCACUCUACUUUUCGGUAAAGGAUUAGGAUUGAUCAUUCUAGGAUAGCUGAACAGACCAUGAAAUGAUUAAACAGCUGAUUAACUUUAAUUAAACGUUUAUUGAAACCUUUCAGUAAUGUACAGUGUAGAAAUUAUAUAAAUUAUAUAAUUCUAUUACGAAUAUUAAUAUAUCUUAAUUAAAUAACUCUACACGUCUUAUGACAUUCUUAUUCAAUUCUAUUUAAAAAUAACUUUUAUAAUGAAAUUCUUGUAAAUUACAUUUACAAAUCCGUUUACAAUCCGCCUUAAAACUAUGUAUGUGUAUAUAUAGAUAUUUACAUGAGUGAGAUGGAAGAAAAAUGUAGGCUGCGUGGAUGGUUGCCUUGUAAUAGGCGCGUAGCACGGCAGGGUGUCGUUUAAAAUUUAUGUCGUAUGCUGGAUCGUCUAUGCAAAAAUCCUCGAAGCCUAAAUUUGUAACGAACGAAUGGCUUUCAACAUCCUGCGGUUGCCCUCACUGCUGCAACGUCUAAAAGUUGCGGGCAGUGAUCGUCUCCGUAACACAAAUUUGCCAGGAUUAAAUCAAUAGUUUUGUAUUGUUUUUUUUUACUUGUUUAAUGGCAAAAAGAAAUUUAAAUAUUAAUGAGAAUUUGUAUUUAAAAGUUUAUAUUCAAUAACAAGGUAUGUACAAAUAAUACAGUUGUUACAAAUCUUAAAUGCUGCGAAACAUACUGAUAUAAUACAAUGAUAACAUUAAGAAUUGCAAAACCUUCUCGUCUAGUAUCGCUCGUAUUGUAUGUCCUUGCCGCACACUAUUGCUGUCUUCAUCUAAUAGAAGAUAUACAUCUGUCCUUGUUGCACAGUAUGGCACCCUUUAUCUGACAUACUAAUGUAUUCCUUGUCCCACGGACAAAGCAUGUGCUGAUAUCUAUGAAAGUGAAAGGAACAGCGACUGCAGCAUGUGAAGAUAGAUGGCAAUAUCGUUUAUGCUUGUCGCAUAACCUUGUGCUUUUUGUCUACUGACAAACCAUGUUCUGAUAUCUAUUGAAGGCGGGAGGAACAGCGACUUGGAGCAUGUGAGGAUAGAUGGCAUUACAUGAUUUAUCCGUACGUAAAGAACGCAAGAUUGUGCGACAAGGACAGCCUAUAUGAACGAUUUUAGACAGAGAGGGCGGUGGUGUGCAACAAUGACAGAUGCGCAUUUCGAGUUCAAAGAGAAAUACAACAAUUUGCAUAUAAUACAUGUCUUUGCUUAUUUAUUUUCCUGUAAAUAACAAGUGCAUCAUUUUAUAAAAUUUGCCACAGCGUCGUAAAAAAACCGUGUUAUACAAGUAAAAUAUGAAGUAGGUUGAAAACUGGUAAAAAUGAUAAAGGAAACUCGAAAUCUGUAAACGAAAGGAAAAGAUAUGUUAGUCAAAAUAUGUUAAAAACCGUGCACAAUAAUCUGUCCAAUGUGUAAUUACUUGAGAGUGGAAUAGUAUUACUUCAUUCGCGAGAGUAGGCAAAGACUGGCUUCGUAGUCGAAAAAGAUUCUUCCUGAGAUCGCAGCCCGUAAGAACUCCUUAAGGCAUGCUAUAAAUUUAUGAUGUGCAUGAUGCCAGAAUCACAGUCCCACUGCACGUGACCUCUUGCACACAGUGUGGAAAUAAAUAAAGUGAGGGGAACAAAUGGAAAUCGGGAGGCAUCAAACUAGAACUGAAACGUGGAAAAUAU